AAAAAAAAUAAUUAAUAAACUUAAUAGUUGUUGCAUUAUAUUCGAUGAUUUCACCCGUAUCUGGAUCGGCUUUUGGAUCUUCUCAGUAUUUGCAUUAUUCUAUUCCAAAGACUCAACAACAAAUGAUUUCUGAUGCAUUUAAUACUACAAAUUUUCCACUUUCUAGAACAAGUCCAGGGUUUGGGACUUCUGCUGCAUUUGGAAAUGCAUUUUUAGGUUCUCGUGGAGAUGAUGGACAUCAAAAUUUACCUGAUAAUAUAAAAAUGUAUAAUUGGAUUAUAGAACUUAUAAGUGGGAAUGUUGGAAGAGAGCAUGCGCUCCUUGAAUUAAGUAAGAAGCGUGAACAGUUUGAUGAUCUUGCUUUUAUUUUAUGGCAUUCUUUUGUUAAAAUAGGCGUAAUGACAAGUUUGCUUCAAGAAAUUGUUUCAGUUUAUCCUCUUUUACUUUCUCCACAGCUUACAUCACAUGCUUCAAAUCGUGUGUGCAAUGCUCUUGCUUUAUUACAGUGUAUUGCAUCUCAUAAUGAAACACGAACUCUCUUUCUUAAUGCUCAUAUUCCUCUUUUUUUAUAUCCUUUUAUGAGUACUACAUCCAAAUCUCGGCCAUUUGAAUAUUUGAGAUUGACAUCAUUGGGUGUUAUUGGAGCUUUAGUAAAAAAUGAUUCUACUGAAGUAAUAAACUUUUUGCUUUCUACUGAGAUCAUUCCUCUUUGUCUUCGUAUUAUGGAGACGGGUUCUGAAUUAAGCAAAACUGUUGCUAUUUUUAUUGUACAAAAAAUAUUAACUGAUGAUAUGGGUCUUGCAUACAUUUGUCAAACGUAUGAAAGAUUUUAUUCAGUGGGUACUGUUUUAAGUAAUAUGGUGAGUCAACUUGUUGAAAAUCAAGUUCAUCGUCUUUUAAAGCAUGUUGUUCGAUGUUAUUUGCGAUUAAGUGAUAAUCCAAGAGCUCGAGAAGCUUUGCGUCAGUGUUUGCCCGAGCCUUUAAGAGAUGCAACAUUUUCUAAUAUACUCAAGGAUGAUUUAUCUACGAAACGUGCAUUGGCACAACUUUUAGUUAAUUUAUCUGAUAGUGUUAUUGGGUAA